AUGGCUUCACAACAUUUAGCUAUUAGACGUCAAGAAAUUAUUCGAAAUCUUGCAAAUGUUAGACAGCGCAUCGAAGCGAUAGUUGAGGGAAAAUAUGAGGCACGAUUAGUUGCAAUUAGUAAAUUAAAACCAAUGUCUGAUAUCCGUAUAGCUUAUGAAGAUGGGCAACGACACUUUGGUGAAAAUUAUGUACAAGAAUUAGUUGAAAAGAGUAAAGAGCUUCCUUUAGAUAUUCAGUGGCAUUUUGUUGGUCCAUUACAAAGUAAUAAAUGUAAAAUGCUUGCAGCCAUUCCAAAUUUAUGGGCGGUAGAAACGAUAGAUAGUCAAAAUAAAGCAGAUUUGAUGAAUAAAGUCUGUGCAUCGCGAGAAUCUCCGCUUCGAAUAUUUGUUCAAGUCAAUACUAGUAGAGAAGAAUCCAAAAAUGGUGUGUCCCCAGAAGAAUGUAUAACAGUCUUGAAUCAUGUUCAAGAUAAUUGUCCGAAAUUACAACUUGUGGGAUUAAUGACAAUUGGAGCUCCAAAUCGUGAUCCUAAAGAACCGAAUCCAGAUUUCAUCCUAUUAAAAAAUCUACGAGCUCAAUUCCAAGAAGCAAGAGAAAUAGAAUUAGAAUUAAGUAUGGGCAUGUCUGAUGACUUUGAAGAAGCUUUAAAAUUAGAUGCUACUAAUGUAAGGGUUGGAUCUGCAAUUUUUGGUGCGAGACCACCCAAACAUUGA